AUGGAACUUGCAACACCUCUCCGUCGACUGGGAUUCAUCGUCUUCGAGGAGUUGAGAGCACCUACUUCGACUUCCUUCGUCAAACCUGACCUAAUCGCUGUUCGAGAUCGCCGUGCAACUGUAAUAGACGUCAGCAUAGUCUCGGAUGGGCGUGGUGUGACUGUGUGGAAUGAGAAGAAGCAGUAUGUUGCUGAUGAAUAUUCCUUCGCCAUAGUCUCAGCCCUACAUGCCAUCGGUUGUGAUGUCGACUUUUUGGUUCACCAACCGAUGAUCAUCUCUUAUCGAAGGAUCUGCUUUCCUCAAUCCGCUAAUGCUGUUAUUGGACUGGAACUUCCUAAGGUCACAGUCAGUGACUUGUGGGCUCUCUGCCCCACAUUCAAUCUCGUGCCACAUCGGCCAUCGUACGGUGUCACCAGCCUGGUCGCCUUACUCGCUGCAUAUACCAGGAUUCGACUUCUUGUCAGUUUUGGUCAUGUUAUUCUGAUCACUCUGAUUAGUCUGGUCGUGUACGAGAGAAUGUGUGUACGUGGUCGAGAGUGUACGGAGAGGUCUCCAAAAGCUUCCCUACCCAAAGCGGUGUCCGUCAGGGACGCCCAUUCUCUCCAUUCCUUUUUUAAAUUUGUGAUCGAUGAAAUAAUGAGACGAACGCUGGAGGGUCUCCAAAACCCUGGUGUUCAAACAGCCUGUGAAGAAAACUUUGUCGAUCUGGAAUAUGCAGACGAUAUCAUUCUCAUGUUCAAAGAGGAGGAGAAGACGCGAGUAUUCUUGGAUGAACUGACCUAA